AUGAGGCAGCCGUUCGUCCACUGGGGGCUUCUGCUCUUGGUGGGAUCGUUUUGGGGAAGAGAAAACGGCGUCAAGGCCUGGCACGACGAGGGACACAUGCUCGUCGUUGCAGUGGCGAGGGAAUAUCUGAAGCCGGAGAUUGUGGAGAAGAUCGAGUUCAUUCUCUCUGAUUGGAGCUCGCAGUACCCCACCACUUCCACCCUGGAAACCGCGGCGGUCUGGUUGGACCAUGUCGCCUGCUCGAUGCCGGGGCGCUACUGCCGAGGCUUUCUCGGCCUUGAUGACAUCCGCGUCUUCAAGCCUUGGCACUACACCAGUCACGUGUUCAAUCCCCAGAACCUGACUUUGGAUCCGGUCUAUGAGGCCAAGCCGUACCCUCAAACAGGCAGCUCCUGGAUCUUGAAGAAAACCUACGAGUCGCUGCGAAACUGCACGGGCGGCUCGCGCGCCGUGGCGAACUCCAGCGGCUCUGCCGCGCGUGCGGGAGACGCGAAAGACGGUGGCGUUUCGGAGUCGCGAGGACAGGGAGAAACGAAUUCCACACCCUCGGCUCUUCCUACCGACAUUUUCCCCUCUUCUCUGUCGUCUUCUUUCUUUCCUUUUCUUCGGGUGUCGAGCGAGAGACUCGCGUCCUUACUGUCGUGGAAAAGGAUCCCCGUCGACGCACAGGUGUCUCACGUUGGCGCGGCCUCUUCGUCCGUGACUGACUCCAGCGCCUCUUCCGACUGGUCCAGCGCGUCCAGUUAUGAGGCAAGAACCGCAGAACGCGACGGCGUGCGCCGCGACGCCGGGAAGAAAACAGGAUACAGUGUCCCUGAGACGUCUGUCGUCUGCAGCCGGCUGUCUCUCAAUCUUCACCUGCGUUUGCUUCUGCACAUCUACGGAGACGUCCACCAGCCGUUGCAUGCGACGGAGACGUACUCCAAGGCGUUCCCCAAAGGCGACUCCGGCGGAAACAAUAUUUCUGUGGUGCUCCCGGAGUCUGGAAAGGACGGAAAGGGGGCGGUGGAAGCCAAUGCGCACCCGGGAAUCGAGGUGGCGGGAAGUUUACCUCCUUCGCAUCAGGAAUCUUUGCACAGUCAUUGGGACGGCGCGUUUGGCCAGUACAACACGCUCUUCUAUGAAAUCGACUUGGACGCGCUAAAGAAGGAGGCUCAGCGUCUGGUGCGUCUGUACCCUGUCGAUGACCACGCCAGGCGGACCUUCACAGACUUCUACGGCAUCAGCUACGAAAGCUCGAUGCUGGCGAGAAGCCAUGUUUUCUCAGAGUUUGACUGGUCCUCUUUCUCCGCCGCGUCUCUGCCGUACCACCCGAGCCCGGAGUACGUCGAGAAGAGCAAGAAGCUGUGUGGGAAGCAGAUCGCGCUUGCAGGCGCCCGAUUGGCGUUGUUGCUGGAAACUCUCAGCGACUCGCUGCCGCAGCCUCUCGUGCACCAGCCUCGCUCGGCUCCUCCCUCGGCUCUGGCCAUCGUCGGGGGCGACGGAGCUGUCCAAGUGCUCACGGGCUGCUCCGCCUCCGGCGAUUCCCUCUGCAUUUCUCUCAAGACGGCAGGCGAGUCUCCGAUGCUGGUGCUCAGCGGCCCCGGGUCGGGGCUCGAGUCUGCCGCCAUUGCCCUGGCCUACUCCCGACCCCUCGCCGCCCUCUUUCUCUUAACGUGCUGUGCGCUGCUCGUCCUCGGAAUCCUGCUUUUUUGGACUUGCCGGCAACUCCGGUUCUACAAGCACGCGGUUUCUCUGACGACUGCGGUGACAGGCGUAUCCGGACGGUCGGAAACGGAGUCCUCGAGUGUGCUGUCGUCUGGGGGGCUGAACGUUUUCAGAUAUCUCGCCGGAGGGUCCUCGGCAGUCCGCGGCGCUGCUGCCGCCCCGCAGCGCCCGACCGUGAACUCCGAGGUGGCGAUGUCGGCGCGCCUGCUCGACAACCGAGAAGAGAUGCAGCGAGGCUGA